UCCUUAUUCAAAUCUAAUUAGUAUUCCCAGCUCAGAUUGAAUAAUAUCUAUCUUAUCCAAUCUACUAUCUAUAAAUCAAGCCAUCGUCGUUCUGUUAAAGUUACAAAUCUGCAAUUCGCAAUGAAGAACUUGUUUCGCCGUCUGUCCCGCAUAGAGGACUUCUCGCACUACUUCCUCUUUCGAUCCGAGUCGCCGCCACCGCCACCGCCGGAGUCUAGUUCUGAUAACGUCGCCAACGCCAAGUCCUCCUCCUCCUCCAACAUUAUUGGCAACCUUUUUGGGUCCAAGAACAGAGCGAAAGUCGCGCCGGUGGGACACCUCGUGGUGUACGUCGGCGAGGAGAUGGAGCGAUUCGUCUUGAAGGCCGAGCUGUUGAAUCACCCAAUCUUUGUAAAGCUGCUGAACGCAUCGGCCCAGGAAUACGGUUACGAGCAGAGAGGUGCGCUUCGCAUUCCUUGCGAUGUCUUCGUCUUCGAACGCGUCCUUGAAGCUUUCCGCGUCGGCGAUGAGAAAUCGCGUCAAGAUCUUCUCGAGUCCUUGUGUGAUGAUGGGUCUCACAAUAUACUCUUUGAACAGUUUGAUUGAAUUAGGUUUAGUUGUAUGUAGGGCUAAAAUCUGGAAUUGGAUUAUUCUUGUGGCUGUGGAUGAACUGCCACCCACCAUACAGAACAUGUAACUCUGCUUUUCUUCCAUUGAAUUCACUUGAAUCAUAUUCAUUCAUAGCAUUACAACUUUAGA